AUGGCUGCCGCAACCGCCUCGUCCACAAUGCGAGAUGGUUUCCGCGCAUCUCUCCGUCAACAGCUAUGCAACGAGUACCCUUACCUUAAUCGUGACGCCCUCGAGGCCAUGCUCGACUCACUCGAAGCUGGCCUUACCAAGGAAGCGCCGGCGACCGCUGCGUCGAUGGGCCGUUCCAACCUUUUAACGUUGCCUUGCGAGCUGCGUGACAUGAUCUAUGAGCUUGUCUUCAAACUCAACGGCGCCAUUAACAAGAUAAGAUUCACCUGUGAUGAAGAGGACGGUUGCAAUGCCAGACCCACGAGAGUUCCACAAGGCUCUCUCAGGCUGUUGCGUGCAUCUAAACCGAUCUGGAAGUCUAUCAGCAUUCACAUCAUGCUCGACCUCCGGUCACAGCUUGAUGGGACCUUCCGCCUCAGCUACGAGGACGACGAUGAUCGCUCGAGGCUUAUUAAGAUGGGACAGAAGCAGUGCGCAAUGAUCGAGAAGCUCGUCUUGGAAUACGCGUACGACAGACCGAAGGUCUGCCGCGAGAAGGUCAUCUUCCCGACCUGCCAAGAAGCUUUUCAGACACUUGGACUGGACAGUCUUGGGGUCAAGGUGGAGGCAUUAGAGCUCAAGGAGUACGCCGAGGACUGGGAUGAUGGAUAG